CCGCAGCCCCGCUAGGAGCCGAGCCGAGCCGUGCCGGGCCGGGCGAUGCGGCGGUGAGCGCGGCGGGGCCGGGCGCCACCGCGAUGCUCCGCCGCAGCCUCAGCCGCCUGUGUGCUGGCGAGGAGAAGCGGGUGGGCACGCGCACCGUGGUGGUCGGGCACCGGCCCGUGUCGGACACCGAGGCGUGCGUGGCACAGAAGUUCUGCGACAACAGGAUCGUCUCCUCCAAGUACACCCUCUGGAACUUCCUCCCGAAGAACCUUUUUGAGCAGUUUCGAAGAAUCGCCAACUUCUACUUCCUCAUCAUCUUCCUCGUGCAGGUGAUAGUGGACACCCCCACCAGCCCGGUGACCAGUGGCCUCCCGCUCUUCUUUGUCAUCACUGUCACAGCUAUCAAACAGGGGUACGAGGACUGGUUGAGGCACAGAGCUGACAACGAAGUGAACAAAAGCAACGUCUUUGUUGUCGAAAAUGCAAAGCAAGUGCGGAAAGAGAGCGAAAAAAUCAAGGUUGGAGACAUAGUAGAAGUGAAAGCAGAUGAGACCUUCCCCUGUGACUUGAUAUUUCUGGCCUCCAGCAGCCCUGAUGGGACCUGCUACGUCACCACGGCGAGCCUUGACGGCGAGUCCAAUUUCAAGACUCACUACGCGGUGCGGGACACCACCGUGCUCUGCACCGAUGAAGCCAUCGACACCCUCACGGCCACAAUCGAGUGUGAGCAGCCACAGCCCGACCUCUACAAAUUUGUUGGAAGAAUUAUCAUCUAUGGGAGUAACCAAGAGCCUGUAGCCAGGUCUUUGGGUCCUGAAAACCUGUUGUUGAAAGGUGCUACCCUCAAAAAUACCAAGAAGAUUUAUGGAGUUGCAGUCUAUACUGGCAUGGAAACAAAAAUGGCUCUGAACUACCAAGGGAAAUCUCAGAAACGGUCUGCAGUAGAAAAAUCCAUCAACGCUUUCUUGAUAGUGUAUUUGUGCAUCUUACUGGGCAAGGCCACUGUGUGCACCACUCUGAAAUAUGUCUGGCAGAGUAAUCCAUUUAAUGAUGAGCCUUGGUACAACGAAAAGACUAAAAAAGAGAGAGACACGUUCAAGGUGCUGCGGAUGUUCACAGACUUCCUGUCGUUCAUGGUCCUCUUCAAUUUCAUUAUCCCCGUCUCCAUGUACGUUACAGUGGAGAUGCAGAAGUUCCUGGGCUCCUUCUUCAUCUCCUGGGACAAGGAGAUGUUUGAUGAGGAAAUACAAGAGGGAGCACUGGUGAACACCUCGGACCUGAACGAAGAGCUGGGGCAGGUGGAGUACGUGUUCACGGACAAAACGGGCACGCUGACCGAGAACAGCAUGGAGUUCAUCGAGUGCUGCAUCGACGGGCACAAGUACAGGGACUGCACUGCAGAGCUGGAUGGCUUCUCCCAGACUGAUGGGCCCCUCAAAUACUAUGGCAGAGCUGAAAAGAGCCGUGAGGAGCUGUUCCUGAGAGCCCUGUGCCUGUGCCACACGGUUCAGAUCAAGGAAGCAGACCAGGUGGAUGGGCUGGUGGCACACCCAGAACGCAAAUACACCUAUAUCUCCUCUUCCCCAGAUGAAAUCGCUUUGGUGAAAGGCGCAGAAAAGUAUGGUUUCACUUUUCUAGGACUUGAAAACAAUUUCAUGAAAAUACGAAACCAAAAGAAUGAAACUGAGAUGUACCAGCUUCUCCACGUGUUGAACUUCGACCCUGUCCGGCGCCGUAUGAGUGUCAUUGUGAGAACCACCACAGGAAAGUUGCUUCUCUUCUGUAAGGGAGCAGACUCCUCUAUUUUUCCAAGGGUGCAGCAAGAAGAAAUCCAACAAACAAAAGUGCACGUGGACCGCAAUGCUAUGGAUGGCUACCGAACGCUCUGUGUGGCCUUCAAAGAACUGACUGAGAAGGAGUAUGACAAAAUUGACAGACAGCUCAAUGAAGCCAAGAUGGCUCUGCAGGACAGGGAGGAGAAGAUGGCCAAGGUUUUUGACGACACAGAAGCAGACAUGCACCUGAUUGGGGCUACUGCUGUAGAAGACAGGCUGCAGGAGCAGCUGGCAGAGACCAUCGAAGCCCUGCACGCAGCUGGCAUGAAGGUUUGGGUGCUGACAGGAGACAAGAUGGAAACUGCCAAAUCCACCUGCUACGCCUGCAGGCUCUUCCAGACCAGCACGGAGCUGCUGGAGCUGACGGCGAGAACGGUGGGCGAGAGUGAAAGGAAGGAGGAUCGGCUCCAUGAGCUGCUGCUGGAGUACCACAAAAAGCUCAUUCAGGACAUUCCCAAAAACCGGGGAGGCCUGAAGAGAAGCUGGACGUUGAGUCAGGAGUAUGGACUGAUCAUAGACGGCUCGACGCUGUCGCUGAUACUCAACCCCUCUCAGGACUCUGGCUCUAGCAAUUACAAAAGCAUCUUCCUGCAGAUCUGCUUGAAGUGCACUGCAGUCCUCUGCUGCCGGAUGGCUCCUCUGCAGAAAGCACAGAUUGUGCGAAUGGUGAAGAACACAAAAGGAAGCCCGAUAACCCUCUCGAUAGGGGAUGGUGCAAAUGAUGUCAGUAUGAUUUUGGAAGCACAUGUUGGAAUAGGGAUAAAAGGCAAAGAAGGACGCCAGGCCUCCAGGAACAGCGACUACGCUGUGCCAAAGUUUAAACAUUUAAGAAAACUGCUACUAGCACAUGGGCAUUUAUAUUAUGUGAGAAUAGCACACCUUGUACAGUAUUUCUUCUAUAAGAACCUUUGCUUCAUUUUACCACAGUUUUUAUACCAGUUCUUUUGUGGAUUCUCGCAGCAGCCACUGUAUGAUGCUGCUUACCUGACCAUGUACAACAUCUGCUUCACAUCGCUGCCUAUCCUGGCUUACAGCCUGCUGGAGCAGCACAUCAGCAUCGACACGCUGACCUCGGACCCCCAGCUCUACAUGAAGGUGUCGGACAAUGCAAUGCUGCAGUGGAGGCCCUUCCUCUACUGGACCUUUCUGGGCGCCUUUGAAGGACUUGUGUUUUUCUUUGGGGUUUAUUUUCUUUUUCAAAACUCGUCGUUGGAAGACAACGGAAAGGUGUUUGGGAACUGGACCUUUGGGACGAUUGUCUUCACCGUGCUGGUGUUCACCGUCACUCUCAAGCUAGCGUUAGAUACCCGGUUCUGGACGUGGAUGAACCACUUUGUGAUUUGGGGCUCCCUUGCUUUCUACGUGUUUUUCUCAUUCUUUUGGGGAGGAGUCAUUUGGCCUUUCUUGAAGCAGCAAAGAAUGUAUUUUGUAUUUGCUCAUAUGCUGACUUCUGUUUCCACAUGGCUGGCAAUAAUUCUCCUGAUCUUUAUCAGCCUUUUCCCAGAAAUUCUUCUAAUAGUUUUAAAAAAUAUAAAAGAGAAAAAUCAUCAGGAACAUCCACUAUCUUCAUGCUUUCUCAAACUUCCAGCAAUCACAGCUUUUCUUGGAGUGAAUAAGGCUGGCCCCUUUGAUCUGCCUGUGUUAGUGUCAUACAAACGUAUAGAGAAUGGUUAUGUGAAGGCUGAAGAUGCUGUUACUAAUUUGGCAGAAAGAUAUCCUCUCAGGAUACCUUAAAGUGCUCCACACAAACACUGCACAUUGCCAUGCUGUAGGAAACCCAUGGUUUAACCUGGCAGUGACCUGUGAUAGAACCAAGGACUGUGAGCAGCCAUGCUGGGAGAGCAGCCAGGGCACUGGCCCCACGCUACCCGUUAGUCUUUGGUCUUGAGGCUUCCCUGCCCUCCCAGAAAAACCAAUUCUGCCAAAUCCUACAUCACUGGAGGCCGAGAAACAUCUUUAGGAGCUCACCCAAAACAGCAUGGAUUGAAGUGCAAGCGUGCAGUGCCAGCCCCGUUUCACACGAGGCUUCCUGUGCCCGCUGCAGAUCUGCCCGAGAGCAGCAGGGCUGCUCAAAGCUCCUGCUCUGCCUGACCAAAGAAGUAGCACAGGCUUCAACCCAGUGGCGUUCCCCCCCGGCCCCCCGAAGGCACUGGGAAGAGGCUGUUCCCCUCACACAGAAGGAGGAUGUGGCCCUGGAGCCCCUCUCCUGGUGCUGGGGCCGUGCUGCCCCCUCCCAGCCGUGGGUUCCCAGAUGCACGCGGCAGGAUCAGCUGGAAAUUCGGGAGAAAUCUUUGCCACUCUCUCCUCCAGGUGGAGCUGGAAGCAGUCUGUGGUGUGUCCACGUGAAGACCUGCAGUGCUGAGAAGUGCCAGAGCAUCCUCCCACAACCAGUUUGCUGAUGGGUUUGUUCCUGCUGGAGAGUGAAGGAAAGGUUGUUUUGUGGCUGUUGGUGAUGGAGGGAAGUUUCCGUGGGGGAAAAAAGGAAAUCCCAGAAGUUGGGCUGUGCCAGACUCUGAGCCCCAGUGCCCAGGCUCCUGUGGCUGUGCUUGCAUUGCUGCACUGUGCAGGCUCUCCAACACUUCCAAGGCCUGAGGGACAGCGUAGUCCUUGGCUGAUCCCAGGGACAUGGGCUGUGCCUGUCAACCUGUGGGUGUAUAAAACUGCAUCUUGAGUUAUUUGCACUAAGAAAAAAGAAGACAGUUUAAAAUUGAGUACAUGAACCUGAUUUCAUUUUACAUUUUGUUUUUUAAAUUGGCAUGUUCUUUUUAAAUCUACCUGUACCAUGGUGGUAGGAACUUUCCUCUUUAGGUUCUGCACAGCAAAGGUGAGAUGCCUGACUCAGUAUUCUUUUUUUUCUCUGAUACUUCACGUGUGGAAAGAGCAGCUUCUCUUGUGUUAAGUCAGGAGCAGUGACAGAGCAGCCCGUGUGCCCCUGCUGGUUGGUGUGACAGUCCCUCCCUCGUGCUGGUGUCCCCCAGAGGAGCUCCUGCGAGAAGCUUCGGGGCUGGUUUCAGAAGCAGCAAGCUCUGCACUGCCGCUGGGUUUGGCUCCCGCUCGCUCAGCUUUGUGUCAUGUCAACAGAACAAUUUGGGACUGCACAGAACAUUCCCCUCACCAAAUCUUGUUGAACUGCAGACUGUUAAUUUUUGGAAGAACCAAGUCUUGCUCUCCGGCUGCCAUCCCUGCGGUUCGGCCGCAGCUGGUGCGGCUCAGCUGCUGGCAAAUUCUCUCGUGCAUCCUGAGGAGGUUGGAUGGGCCUUACCUGAGCAGGAGAGGGGGGUGCUCAGCCCCUGUGGCUGCUCUGCCAUCGCCCAGCACGGCAGGGGACGGAUGGACAGCACCACUGGACUGUACACUCUGCACUGGCCUCAGCUCGGGUGGUGCCAGCGAGCGCGGCUCAGCUCCUCGCUGCAUGCAAGGCAGGAGCUGCACUGCCAGCAUGUGUCCCAUGGGCAAAGCUUUCAUUUUCUUCUUUUGGUUUGGUUUUUUUUUUUUUUUUUUCCCUGUUUUCCUAGCUCAUUUCACAGACCUAGAAUUCAACUUGCAGACGUUGUCCUGUGCUCAGCUUUUCUUGCAGAAAUGUGGUGCCUACAGAUCAAGUACACGAUGAAUACAAUGAAGAUAAGCUCUAUAUGCCAAAUCUAACCAUUCUCCUUAAAUACACGGUUGCUGACUUGUGUUUACAUAACUUCUAAAAAAUGGGCACUAAAAUGCCUAAUUCCUGUGAUUCAAAACCAUUCCAAGCCCGAAUGGUCCCAAGCAUGACACCUUGCUUCUCAGUUUUUGUGUCAUGCUCUGCUCCAAGGGUCAGUCUGUUCCCCUGGAAUUCCAUUGGUGGUGUCAGUGGGAGCAGUGGAGCCUGACGUGUGUGUGAACUGUUCAAAUAGUCACGUAACCAGGGUAAUUUCUGCUGCCUGUCCCAAGACAGAGCCCUCUGAGAACCAGAUCCUUCUCUUGGCAUUUCCAAGUGUCCUGUCUCCAGCUGGAACAAGCCAUUGCAAUAGCUGUGUGUUCAAACCCAAGGUCGGGGUGGAAUUCACAUGGAAUGUCUUGAAUAGCAGCUCUUUUGGGGGAAAAUGCAGUUUUUCUUGGGUUUGGAUCUUCAGAUAGUGCACUGGUGUAGUGCUGGGUGCCAGGAGAGCCAGGCUGCCCUGGUCCUGCAGAAGAGCUGAUCCUCGUCACUCAGCAGUGGCAAAACCAUAAUUCUGGUUGCUGUGGGUGGCUUGUGAAAUCAGGGGAGCCCUUCUGAGGUGAGAGAGGGGCAGAAGAAGUGCUGGUAGGGGCUGGAAGGUGUGAGGCAGCAGGACAGGGAUGCAGUGGUGGGUGCUCGUGUUCCCUGAUGGCUCACGGUGCUCGCCAGGUGCAGUAAAAGGUCAGUACAGGCUUUUCGGUGGAGAAACUUGAAGGAAAAAAGGCUGGGGUUUUCUCAUAAUAAUUUGUUGAAGUUUUAUCACUGACUAGUGACACUGAAAGAUAAGGAAAGUAAUUAAGGUUCCCUCUAAAACUCUUAUGUGGUAACAGUGGAGCUUGGUGUAGUCAUAGCGACUUCUCAAAAACUAAUCCUAAUCGUUAUGAGAAUAUUAUAAAUGACUUGGAAUUGCAUAAAAGCUUCAAAUUGAAUUUGUAUACACACAGUUGAAAAACUUUCCUAAUACUGCACCAUUUAUCCAAUUUCCCAGCUAUGAAUUUUUUAAAAAAACCAUGUAGUGUAUAGAAAAUGUAAAUUAUAUACAGGCAAUGAGCAGAUACAUUUUCAGCUUCUUGCAAAGAAAAAGGACUGCAACCUUACAUUUUUUUCACUUAAAUGCAAUUUUAUACAUUUAUGUUGCUUUAUAUCAAGGAAAUUGAAUGUGAAUGUUACCUUUUAUGAAUGCAACUUGCUCUUUUUUCAUUACAGAAACUUUUGUUUGAAGUAAUCAAUAAACUUUGGUAUGUUGUUCUGAUUAAUACA